AGACAAGCAUCUGCAGUGCUUUCCCUUCUCACGUGCAUGAUGUCUCCAUCCGUUUUACCGUUGCUUCUAGCAUCGUACUCUGCAGUAAGGCAAAAACUAUUAGGUGAGGGUGGAUUAAUGAUGGGACUACGUCCUUCUUUAUUCCAUCUUCUACUUAUCGAAAUGCCAUUAACUGAUCAAUGGUUUAUUUCCAAGCAUCCCGCACUCCACCACUGCCUUGAUAUUGCGAGGAACGUAUUGUAUUUCAGCCACGAUUAUUUUCUUUCGAACUCAAAUUGGCUUGUGCAAAGCAAUUCUCCCAGUUGUAUGUAUGCUGAAGAGCAGCUACAAGCUAUUGAUCUUAAAGAGUGUUUUGUACUAAUUCAUAAAUUCAGAGAGCUCUGUGUGGACUGGCUUUAUGGACUUUUAUCGGGUAUUGACGAAAAUAUAAUAGAAACUCUGUGUUGCCGUCCUGAAUUUGUGAGCAUUCGCAGCACUAUUUUGGCAGCAAUUAUAAAUGGAGAAUUAUACGGAAAGUAUGAGUUCUAUAUUUCAUUCUAUAUGAUUCUAACAAAUAGUCUGGAAAUGGGCCAAUUUCGAUUGCAAUCGUCUUCAUUCGGAACCGAUGAUUUCAUGACGAUAAUUAAAUUUCUUAUCGAUGGAAUCGUCCCUUCAAUGCAAAGAAAUCAGUGGUUUUAUCUCACUGGAGCGUCAACUACAUUGCAACUCAGACUAAUUAGUUACCGUUUUCUUCUUUUUUUUUUUUUAAAGAGGUGGCGUCGACUGUUAACCCAUGCUGCUAAUUACUGCAUCGAGAAUCGCAUGAAAACUCCUCUGGGAAAGCCCAUGGACACAUUCAAUAAGCUUGAAUUACUACGGUUGGCCAAAGAAGUUGUUUCCGGAGUUUCAUCUCAGGCUGCCAAAGUUAAUCACAACCGCCCUAGUGUGAUGUUAUCAAAAGAUAGGGGAACAAAGGAUGUUGAGGAUGGUCUGAGUUUGUCUCGACAGUUCUUUGCGACAAAUAUGGUUAGCUGUCAGGAAUGGCUGUUCAGAACAUAUCCUGUUGCAAUGAUCGUUGCAUAUCAUAACGGAUAUUAUGCACAGAAUGCUAUCAUUUCUUCCGAUAUCUCUUUAAAGGGAACGAUUGAUAGUGUGUCAGCAAACCUUCGUAUUCUUGGACUGCUUGCAAAGCAUGCGGAUUUCCUCCACGAUGUUAUCGACCAAGGUUUGCGAAUCACGAAUGAGCACUUAUGGAAAGAUAUUUUACCACAACUAUUCGCUCGUCUAUCUCAUCCUGUAAAAGAAGUUCGACAAUCACUUUUGGGAUUAUUAUCUAAACUUUGUUGCUCUGCUCCACAUACGGUAGUUUUUCAAGCAGUUGCAGGCUCUUCUUCCAGCAUGUUAGUAGCGAAUGACGAUGAUGUUUUAGAAACUAAUGAAAAGGAUUAUAAUGAAAGCAGUAACAGGGUUACACGCCAUGCAUGUCCUUCUCAGGAGCGAUGUCGCGUGUUGGUGUCGGUGCUUGAGAUGCAUUAUCCUGAACUCGUGAAAGACGUUAGAGAAUUUGUUAAUGAACUGCAGAGGAUAAAUCUUUUGAAUGAGGAGAGGUGGAUGUUUGUUCUUGCUAACCUGGACCAUGAAAUGGAAAAACGUUUGGAUCAAAUUCGUACUGAAACUGAAAAGACGGUAAAUGCAGUACAUCUAGACGAGAAAACCCGGCUGGAAAUCAUCGUUUACCGAAUUCUUGACGACCUAUACGAACGAACAUGCCUUCGAGAGCCGACAACGCAAAAUGAACGCAUGUUCGUGCAAGCAUACGGCGAGAAACUACAGUCGGUGUUCGAACAGUCACGUGCUAAUCGAAAGAGUGCGGAAAAGUCAUGGGCACCAUUCAAACAUGUACAUGCAGAGAUAUACGAAAUGUCAUUUCAUACUCACCAGAUAUCACCCAUUCUUAGCGAGUUAUCAAAGAGCAGAAUUCCAAUUCCGGGUCAAGAGAACAUGGAAUACAGUGAGGUAGUGACAAUUGACCGUGUGCUGAAGAACGUGCUUAUCCUUCCAACGAAGACUAGACCGAAAAAGAUUGCGUUCGUUGGCAGUGAAGGAAAAGAACAUAUAUUUCUUUUCAAAGGACAAGAAGAUCUUCACCUUGAUGAACGAAUUAUGCAAUUAUUGCAUAUUUGUAAUCUUAUGCUUGCUGGUGGAUCAUCUAAGCGCAGCUGGCCUCCAUAUUGCGCUCAUCACUACGCUGUCACUCCAUUGGGGACUCGCUCAGGUCUCAUUCAGUGGGUAAGCGGUGCUACACCCAUGUUUCAUAUCUACAGGAAGUGGCAACUCAGACAAGUUCGUACUAGUUCGCUGUGGAUGAUUCUUAUCAAAGCACAAUUUGCUAAAAAUGUAGAAACGGCCAUCAUUGCCGAUCGUUCAAAGUGGCCACAAAAUCUUCUGAGGGAGGUGUUCGAUUCACUUAUAAAAGAAACACCAAAAGAUCUUAUUAGUCGAGAGUUAUGGAUGCGUUCUGGCAGUUGCGACACAUGGUGGCGUGUGGUGUGCAGGUAUGCGCGUUCAACCGCGGUGAUGUCAAUGAUUGGAGCAAUUCUUGGCCUUGGAGAUAGACAUCUUGACAACGUUCUUGUUAAUCUUGAUCGUGGAGAUGUCGUACAUAUCGACUACAAUAUUUGCUUUGAUAAAGGCAAACAUCUACGAGUUCCAGAAACUGUGCCAUUUCGUCUUACGCAAAACAUCCUUCACGCUCUCGGGCCAACACAAGGAGUAUUUCGUGAAUCGUGUUCACAAGUCCUUUCGACGUUGAGGGAAGGGCGUGAAGUAUUGCUAACAGUUUUGGAUGCAUUUGUGUACGACCCGCUUGUUGACUGGGCUGUCUCUGAUCAUCUAACGGCCUCAUCAGCUGCUGUUGGAGUUGCCGUAACUUUGGCCGUUUAUGGCACGAACUCAAGGGCUGUUGAGGCGAAGCCAGUUGUGCGGGAAAUGUUCUCUAAGUUCUCGACUUGUAAUGAUGCGUUACAGGAGCGAGUAGAAGCUGGGAGACGUCUGAAAUCAUCAAUCGCUCGUCACCACAAUAUAAUCAAAGAUUUCCGUCCUCUUCUCAAAUGUGACGACCGUUUUGUCGACUACAUCCAUGCAUAUCGCGUGCGUUUUUCUGAACCACUUGUCAAGGCACAUCAGUUGUUGGACGCAGAAUCUCUGGAUUUAGACGCUUGUCUUCAUUCUCGUCCACACCACAAGCAGCAGCAGGAACAGAAUGUACACGCUAACAACGUUGUGAGAAGAGUUCGGGCUCGCCUAGAAGGCCGCACUGAGCCGUCUGACCCACAUAAAAUAGUUGGCACGAAUGAGCAAGUACGCUAG